AUGUCGUCUGGAUUUUUCUCCGAGAAAGAAGCCGAACAGAAUCGAAUUUCUAGGCAGAAAGAAUGGGAAAGAGUCAGAAAACCGAAUGAUCCGAAAGAAGCGCCGCUUGACCAGCUCAAAAACGCAAGGCCACUUCACCAGCAGCUAGAAGAAAAUCGCGUGGCGGAACAGGAAGCUCUGAACGACUCAUUGGCGCUGAAAAACCAAAUCAGGGGGCUCAAUGAAGACGAAACGGCGUAUUUGAACUCGGUCUCCAAUGCCGAAAUGAAAAUCGAGAGGGAACGGCAGAGAGAAGCGGAUCUUCUUAUUGGCGCGCUCAAGCGAAAUCAGAGCUCUUAUUCGAUCAGAAACGACGCGACUAAACCAGUUUUAGUUGAAAAGUCGAAGCUUUCAGAAACGGCGAAAGUGAACCCUUGUUCUGAUGAAAAUGGAAAAAGAAAGAAGAAACAAUCCUCGCUCCUCGCGGGAGCAAUAAAAAGAAAGUCAGAGUGUGGAAAAGCCGAAAAACUCGAUCAACCAAAACCAAAAAGCCAAAAAGAAGAGAACGCCUCUCCAAAGAAAGUCCCAAGCGCUGCCAAUCUUUCCGCUGCUGUCAGAUCUGCCGAUUCAAACUCUAGUUCAAAUUCAGCUUCCAAAACCUCGCAAAUUUCAAAUAACGAGCCCUCCGCGCUAUUGUCUUUAGGAGCGCAGUACAGCGACUCCGACGACGACGAAAGAAAAAACAGCGACACAAGUGACUCUGACGAAGACUCCGACGGCGUCGAACUCAGCGAAUUCCUUGCUCUGGGCAGACUAGUCAGAUUUGCUCACGGCCUCAAAGGCUGA